AUGAUGCUACUAACGCCGGCUUACGAACUGUCAACACUAACGGGAACACAAGUGAUGUUAUUGGUUGCGUCAGAAACCGGACAUGUGUACACAUUUGCGACGCGGAAACUUCAACCGAUGAUCACAUCAGAUUCGGGCAAGCGGCUCAUACAGACCUGCUUAAAUUCACCCGACCCUCCCACGACGAGCGAGCAGAGAAUGGCAUCCACGGGCUACGAGGAGACCGAGCUAACGUAUAAUGUCGUCGACGACGAUAUGAAGGUGAGGCAAUUGGCGUAUGCUGGUUCCGCGCAGUAUCCAAUAGAUCAUCAUCCGGGGCUGGCCCCGUCGCCAUUGCAGCAGUACCAUCAACACCCCCCUUGUCCCUCCCCACUCCCCUUAGGCUCAUUAGGGCAACCGUACUCCCACGCACACCUCUCACACCCUCACAUGUCACAUCAUCCGCAACGGUAG